AUAAAGAAAUUUAUGGGAUCUAAAUGCUUAAAGUUUUUGUAUUUUGAUUUACUGAUAAUGUGUAUGAAUGUUUGGGUCUUGAGGGUUUUUUCCGGGUUAUAAUUUCCAGGCGCCCUCUAUUUACGGCUAUUAGCCUAACCCAUAUUCAUAAUUCCGCUUGGCCCCAAAAAACGUGGUUUGAAAAUUUUAGAAGUUUUUACUUGUGUAGAAAAUGCCUAGGGCCAAAACUGGUGCCAAGAGAAGGAGUACGGAGGUUUCAAGCAGUACUACAGGCACAAGAGCAAAGACGAGAAAAGCACAGGAGGUAGACAGUAAAGCUAAGGAGGAUGAGUUGGUGAAGAAAAUCACCCAGUCCGUGUUGGAAGCAAUCGAUGAAAGGAACAAAGCCACUGAUACCCAAGGGGGAGGUGCUUCUGAUAGUGACGAUCGAGAGAUUCAAAGAAGUGUCCGUGGAUAUGGAGGCCAAACCCACCAGCAUACCAAUCCAUCUUUUGCAACUCUCCAAAGCACAGCGUGUAGUUUAAUAGACGCAGCAUUGGCUCCUAACACAAAGAAAUUGUACAGGCAGGCCCUAAAUUGUUUCAGUAGUUUUAUUCAGAGUUAUUACAAGACUGACUGCAUUAAGGAGAUUUCCCUUGGACAGGUCAUUUGUUUCGUGUCAUACCUAUUCAGUUUAGGAAAAGCACCAAGCUCAAUAUCAACUUACCUGGCAGCAUUGGCUUACUAUUUCAAAAUGACAAAUGCCCCAGAUCUCUCAAAUCAUUUCUUGAUCAAGAAAAUGUUAAGUGGUGCAAAACGGCUUGUCAAUUCUUCAGAUGUCCGACAACCAAUUACUUUGGAUAUUCUUGGGAAGCUCCUGGUGGCAAUACCACAUGUAGCCAAUUCUAAGUACCAAGAAUAUUUGUACAUGGCGAUGUUUCUUUUAGCAUUUUAUGCUUUUCUAAGAGUGGGAGAAAUCACAGUUCGUUCUGGCUCAAAUCCAAACCUGUUGCUUCGAAGAAAUGUUUCUUUCAGGCGUGACAAAAAACAAGUAUGCAUGGUUGUUACAAUGAUCAACUUCAAACAUAAUUUAGGUAAGAAACCUGUCCAGCUGGAGAUAAAUCCCCAACCAAAGUGCAGCUUUUGUCCGGUGCAGGCUAUGAGAAAUUAUUUGGAGGUGCGAGGUGCAGAAGAAGGAGCCCUAUUUUGCUACAGAUCAGGACGACCCAUCUCGCGUACAGAAUUUUGUGAUGUUUUGAGGUCAGCACUAAAAUUUUCCAAGCUGGAUUCUAACACAUUUAAAGCACACAGCUUCAGGAUAGGAGCAGCAACCCAGGCACAUUUACAGGGUUUUUCAGAUUCACAAAUAAGAGUCAUGGGACGAUGGCACUCAGAGUCAUUUAAGAGAUACAUUAGGGUUUCAAUGUUUCCAACAUUUUAGCUCCAAAUAUAAAGGAUAACUGUCUGAGGCGGUAUCCUUUAUUUUUGGUCACUUGAUUAUAUUUUGAAUGAAGGGUGAUUCUGUUUGAAUCAAUUUUCAUCUCUUUUCAUUGCAUCCCUUUCCAGGUAAUAAAUUCUUAAUUCAAUAAUCUCAUAAUUUGGCAUAAGUAUGAUGUUUUAGGUUAAUUUCAUUGUGUCAUAUUUUUUAUCAUGAAUGAGAGAGUUACACUGCAAUAUGUUUGAUUUUCUUAAUUUAUAGCUACAUUAACAUGUACGGUAAAUUUAUUAGAUUUGGGUGACUGUCUGAGGCGGCACUCAAGAAUUUUGAUAUGGAGGAUUGUUAAUGUUUCAUGUCAUUUUUUCUGUUACAAGAUAUGUAAUGAUUAUGUACAUAUGUUAAUAACUUUCAACCUGUGAGUGGAUGGGGGAACUAUAUCUUACUAAGCCUAAUGUGUUUUAUAGGUUAGGAUUUCUUAUAUGGAUCAUUUCCAUUAUCCGUUUAGUGCAUUAUAUAUAGCAGGACAUGCUAAUUACUAUUACUUGAUUUUGCGUUAUCGAUUAACAGACAAUAUACAUGUAUACGCAUAUAUUUAUAUUUGGUUAAUGUUCGGACAAGGCUAUGUUCCUCAUGUGUAGGAUAAAACAAGGGGAAUUUAAACAUAGGAUUAUUUUGAGUAAGAACAUAAAUCUCUUUUCUAUGCAGUAUGGUCUAUAACUUUACGGUAAUAUUUAAUAAGUGUGAUGAGUAUGUGUAUAAUACAAGAUGACAAAAAUUUUUAUAAAAUUUUUAAAUGUGAAUCAAUUACUGUUCCUCUUUAGUAUUCCAUUGAUCCCUAUAUAAAUUUGUUUUAUUAUCAUACUCAUGUUGAACUGAAGCACAUUUUUGGGUGGGGCGAGGGACCCUUCUCUAUAAGUUCAUUGUCCCUCUUGUGGGAUAUUUUUUGCACCCCACCUUCUGCUCCAUUCUGAAAUUGUAAAAUUUUUAAUUUUAUUUGGCAUUUGUAAUGUAAUAAAUGCUCUAUUCACAAACACUCGCUUUAUCUUUUUAAGGGCUGCAGAACAGAGCUGCAAAUGUGCUUCAGGUACAUGUACAUACGAACUGAGUCGUUUAUUAUUGCCCGCAUUUAAGAGCACAUAAGUGUAUUUAUGUAUAUAAAGAAAUUUAUGGGAUCUAAAUGCUUAAAGUUUUUGUAUUUUGAUUUACUGAUAAUGUGUAUGAAUGUUUGGGUCUUGAGGGUUUUUUCCGGGUUAUAAUUUCCAGGCGCCCUCUAUUUACGGCUAUUAGCCUAACCCAUAUUCAUAAUUCCGCUUGGCCCCAAAAAACGUGGUUUGAAAAUUUUACCCUCCUCCAUCCCCCUUUAAACCUCCAUGCACAUUUUGAUUAUUGUUCAGAUUGUUGAUUUUCUUGUGUUGAAGGUGUGGGAUAUUUUUUGCACCCCACCUUCUGCUCCAUUCUGAAAUUGUAAAAUUUUUAAUUUUAUUUGGCAUUUGUAAUGUAAUAAAUGCUCUAUUCACAAACACUCGCUUUAUCUUUUUAAGGGCUGCAGAACAGAGCUGCAAAUGUGCUUC